CAGAAAGGUAACUUAAAUCAAAACAUGUUACUUUUCUAAAGGUUCUUUUCUGAUGGCUAUUUGUGAAAUCAUUAACUUGGUUGCAUUUUCUUAUUAUUUGCAGCAAUGGUCUAACUGACGAAGACAUGAAAAUGAUGGAUGCUGAGCUGGGGAAACUUGAUGCCGUUGGGGACACACCACACGUCAGACGGCUCAUGAAGGAUUCUUAUCCCCUUCGUCUACGUUGGAUAUCUUCUGCCUCUGAAUCAGCAAGACCAUCUGACAUCCUUGCAAGAUUUCCUCAUCUUAAAAAUGUUGAACUGGUAAGUUGAGCUUCCUUGUAAAAUAUUUCUGCAGUAUAAGUCUUCCUUUCUUGUUGUUGUAUUACUUUUUUUUUUUUAACAAAGCUUUUACAAGAAUUAACUUUGAGAUUACCUAACAUUGAUAAGAUAGAAUUGCUUUUUGGGAAAGUCAAAUGCUUAUUGGAAAAAGUAUCGCUUAAGUUAAAUGAAUCUUAUGGGGAAACGGAUGAAGAGAAAUUAAAGUUUGUAAUGGCUCUCUACAACCGUUUGAAACCCAAGAACAUUCCCAAAAUGUUUCCUGCUCUUGUGACUAUGAAAGAUGCAUUGACUCCGCUUGGUAAUGAUUUGUCAAGCAACCAAAAUGAUUGGGCUAGAUUAGUUGUGUACAUUGCAGACAACACUAUUGCAGUAGCUUUCAUAAUUGCGGAUGAUACUAAAUUCAAGAUUGAGAGCCCUUCUGUUGAGAAAUGUAUGCUGGCACUGACUGCAUAUUAUCAUGGACUUGACCGUACAUAUCCGACUGCGUACAAAAGUUUCUUUUCUCUGUUUGAUGAGUUUAUUUUUAAAUUGAAAGUUAGUGUGCCUAUAUCGUACAAAUGUUUCAAAAAGGAUUAUCUUGUGUGAAAUAUCAAGUGAAAUGUUGUGUCUUACUUUGCAUCUGUAGUUGUAUUUUUAAAUAUUUGACUGACUAGUUUAUUUUUAAAUUGAAAGUUGGUGUGCCUAUAAAAGUAAUUAUCUUCACGUGGAAUCUAAGUGAAA